UUUUGGCUCAAGGCGUCUUUGCUCAAAACCAUGUUGGACAGGGCCCUCCGAGCCUCCUGCCUUCUCUUCAUGGAUGCUAGACAUCCAGCGACGGUCUCGAGAGGACGCUGUUUCCUGCGAGGUGUCCAUCAAGAAGUGCGGUCAGACAAAACAGUGGAGCGCAGCACUGCAGUUGCUUCGCGACGGAAUUCGAGCAGGUGUGGAAGUUUCUCGAGGCCACUACCUUGCGACUGUCAGCGCGUGCGGAAAAGGCCGGCAGUGGCAACAGGCACUGUCCGUGCUCAGCGAGAUGUUGGAGUCGAAGAUGGAGCCCAGCGUCAUCUACAGCGCCGGGAUCAGCGCGUGCGAGAAGGGCGGGCAGUGGCAGCCGGCCCUGUCGCUGCUCGGCCAGAUGAGGCGUGCGAGGCUGACGCCCGAUGUCAUCUCCCCGCUACAACGCCGGGAUCAGCGCGUGCGAGAAGGGCUGGCAGUGGCAACGAGCCUUGUCGCUGCUCGUCGAGAUGCGGGAGGCCAGAUUGGAGCCCGACUCAGCUACAACGCUGGGAUCAGCGCGUGCGAAAAGGGCGAGCAGUGGCAGCGGGCUUUGGCGCUGUUUACCGGCAUGUGGGAGGCGAGCGUGGAGCUUGACGUCAUCUAUACCUACAACGCUGGGAUUAGCGCGUGCGAGAAAGGCGAGCAGUGGCAACGGGCUUUGUCGCUACUCAGCGAGAUGUGGGACGCGAUACUUGAGCCCAACGUGAUCAGCUGCAGUGCUGGGAUCAGCGCGUGCGAGAAGGGCGAGCAGUGGCAGCGAGCUCUGGCGUUGCUCAGCGAGAUGUGGGAGGCGAAGCUGGCGCCUAACGUAAGCUACAACGCUGGGAUCAGCGCGUGUGAGAAGGGCGAGCAGUGGCAGCAGGCUUUGUCACUACUGAGCGAAUUGCGGGAGGUGAAGCUGGAGCCCAACGUCAUCAGCUACAACGCUGGGAUCAGCGCGUCGCGUGCGAGAAAAGCGAGCAGUGGCAGCGGGCGUUGGCGCUGCUCACCGCGAUGCGGGAUGUGAAGCUAGAGCCCGACGUCAUUUCUGUAACGCUGGGAUCAGCGCGUGCGAGAAAGGCGAGCAGUGGCAGUGGUCUUUAGCGCUGCUCGGCGAGAUGUCGGAGGCGAAGCUGGAGCCUGGAGUCAUAGCCUUCAGUGCAGGGAUCAGCGCUUGUGAGAAGGGCGAGCAAUGGCAGCGAGCUUUGGCGCUUUUCAGCGAGAUGCGGGAGGCGAAUGUUGAGCCCAGCUCAGCUAUAACGCUGGGAUCAGCGCGUGCGGGAAGGGCGAGCAGUGGCAGCAGGCAUUGGCUUUGCUCAGCGAGGUGAGGGAGACGAAGCUGGAGCCCAACGUCAUAUCUUCAGCUACAGCGCUGGUAUCAGCGCGUGCGAGAAGGGCGAGCAGUGGCAGCGGGCUUUGGCGCUGCUUUGCGAGAUGCGGGAGGCUAAGCUGGAGUCCAACAUUAUCUUUCCUGCUACAGCGCUGGGAUCAGCGCGUGCGUCAAGGGCGAGCAGUGGCAGCGGGCGUUGGCACUCCUAAGCGAGAUGUGUGAGGCGAAGUUGGAACCUGACGUCUUUAGCUACAACGCUGGAAUCAGCGCGUGCGAGAAGGGCGAGCAGUGGCAGAGGGCGUUGGGGCUGCUCAGCGAAAUGUGGGAGUCGAAGCUGGAGCCCGACGUCACCAGCUACAGCGCUGGUAUCAGCGCAUGCGGGAAGGGCGAACAGUGGCAGCGAGCGGUGGCGCUGCUCGUCGAGAUACGACAGGCGAUGCUGGAUCCCAACGUCAUCAGUUACAGCGCUGCGAUCAGCGCUUGCGUGUUGGGCGAGCAGUGGCAGCGGGCUUUGGCGCUGCUCGGCGCGAUGAGGCUGGCGAAGCUGGAGCCCGGCGUCAUCAGCUACAACGAUGCGGUAUGCGUUUGCGAGAAGGGCGAUCAGUGGCAGUUGGUUUUGAUGCUGCUCAGCGAGAUCUAGGAAGCGAGUCUGAAUCUCGGCGUGAUCAGCUGAGGCGCCAGGACCAGCGCGAGCGAGAAGGGCGAACGGAGGCAGGGAGCUACUGCGCUCCUCAGCGAGGCGCGGGAGCUGAACCUGGAGCCCAGGACCACCUCCCGUGGCAGUGCCGUCGCCUGCGCGUGCGAGAGGGCCGUGCAGAGGUCGGAAGCGCUGUCGUUGCUCGGGGACAUCGGGGAGUGCUCAGCGAAGGACGACGGCCACAGUGGCGGCAGCAGAGCGUGCGAGCAAGUCGGGCAGUGGCCGGAUGCGCAGUCGCUGCACGGAGGCCGCAAUUUGCGCCGCUGGUGUCCUGCGGCGUGCGAGGAGGGCGGGCAGCGACAGGGGCAUCGUCGUUGCUCGGAGAGGUGGGGCACGCGAGGUAAGAGCCGGGCGUCGCCAUCUGCAGUGCUGGCGUCGGUCUCCUGCGGGAGAAUGUGGUCCCAGCGCAGCAGCUUCGUGCCACUUCUCGGAGCUGGCAUUGCGUCCGAGAUCAUGCGCAGGCCAAGCUCAUCCGCAUCGUUUGCACGCACAGCUCGCUAACGUUACGUCCGACCCCACGGCUUCUCCCCCCUUCAGGUUGGGACAGCAGCGGGUUGCCAGCACUUCCUGCAGCGCUUGAGCUGUGGGCCCGCCCACGCGAGGGUUGGUGGGUCGAGGGUGCUGAGUCAGCGACAGACCGCAGUUUGUCGCCCCCCUGUGAGUAGGACUGACAUUUGCUCCCUCGCCUCCUGUGGGCAGCCCGCGAGGGCCGAGAGACCUGAGACGACACGCUCCCGAGAGAACAGAAA